UUUCCGCCCUAGUGGUACAGCCCGUGACGUAGGCGGAAGCAGGUUGAAAACAUCCCGCAGGCGCGCACUCAUUGAUUCAAGGAAACUACCAGAAAUAAACGUGGUAAAGUUACACGCACGGGGCCGUAUUCUGAAUGAAAGUGUGUAUUAAUUAGUCGGGGGGUUCUUGUUGAGUUUUCCGUCGCAGCGUUACCUGGUAAAAUCCAGUAAAACCCAGUGUUUUGUUUCGUACUGAAGCCACUCGUACCACAGCACACAUCAUGCAGGAGGACUCCAGCCGCAGUGCCAGCUACACGGUGCCAUGCGAGGACUACGUUCACGUGGUGGAGUUCAGUCCGUUCACCUCAGGAACCCCUGCCUCUCUCCUGGCCUACGGUGGAAACCAGUACGUGGUAGUGGGCACCUGCCUCUUCCCGGAGGAGGAUAUGGAGCUGGAGGGAGUUGAGUUAAAUGUCCUUCGAGCUUUCCAUCAUGAACUGCGCGUCGAUGCUCUCGCCUGGAGCCCUGAAUCCCGGCUGGACAGGAUACCCACUAUCAGAUUUUGCACCGCUGCAGCUGACAGAAAGCUACGCCUGCUGACAUCUGAUCUCCAGGAUAGGCAUGAAGUCAAGGUGAUGGAGGGCCACACCAGCUACAUUAACCAUUUGGUGUUCGAGCCCUCAGAAGGGAAACAGAUUGCUUCCGUCAGUGAUGACCACACUUGCAGGGUGUGGGACCUGGAUGGAAAUGAAAGCAUCACUCUCAGACUUCGCUCUCCUGGCAUCAGUGUGUGCUGGCACCCAGAGGAAGUCUUUAAGCUGAUGGUGGCGGAGAAGAAGGGGACGAUUCGCUUCUACGACCUGGUCACCCAGCAGGCCAUCCUGUCGCUGGACUGCGGCCAGUCCCCUCUCAUGUCGGCCGACUGGUGCCUCACCAACACCAUCAAAGUGGGCGCCGUGGCAGGAAACGACUGGCUCAUCUGGGACAUAACUCGCUCCAGUUACCCACAAGAAAAACGACCAGCCCACAUCGAUAAAGCCCGGUUAUUCAAGUGGUCUCGAGCCAACGAAAACCUCUUUGCCACAACUGGAUGUCCGGGAAAAAUCAGUAGUCAGUUACUCAUCCACCAUCUCGGACACCCACAGCCUGUAAUGAUCGGAUCAGCCACAGUGGGAUCAGGUCUCAGUUGGCACCGGACACUUCCGCUGUGUGUGAUCGGCGGCGACAGGAAACUUUGCUUUUGGAUGACUGAGAUGUAAACCCCCCCCCCCCGGUAGAUAACUAGGUCCUCUGUGUCUUCUCUACUUAAUAAUCAAUAAAAACAUAUUUUUCUGAG